AUGCAGUUGCUCCACGAACAGAAACCGCUGAUCGCGAACCUCGGCAUUAUGAAUGUUAGCAUUCCCGCGCGGGUGCUGUCUUCGCACGCCUUCGAGGUGAAGGAGAAAAGGUCGUCCGAUGUCUCCCUGAGGCCGAUGAACCCGGUGGCCAGCGGUGACAACGUGGCCACCGAUUUGAACGCCUGCCAAAAGCAUAGGGAGGAAUUGCCAAUGCUUGUGCCCUGUUGCGAGGGAAAGGAGCUGCAGAUAAAUCAAGACCUGGUGCGAAGCGGACUCUCUGCAAUAUCCAUGAAGCAUGAAAGCGUAAUCCAAUGUUUGAACAUGUCGCCCACGUCAGACAAAACGCAAUUAGUUCCAGGACUGGUUAAGCAUCGCAACUCAUUCCGCUCCCUACACCGGCCGGACCUGAAACGGGUCUCAUAUCUCCGACGAUUGACUCCCGACGAGCUGGAGAUGCUGUUCAGGGGCUACGCCGACCUUCCUUCCCGCGGGGCUGCCGCGACUGAAAGCGAAGGAGCCACUAGAACAAAACUUCUACCGCUCGCGGAGAAGCUUAGGACUGGCGGCAUGCAUUCCAUAAAAACUAACCGAGAAAAUAGCAAUAAUACACUUCGCACCACAUCCGACGGGCGCUCGGGCACAGAGGAAAUACCGAUCGGCAUGCGACUGCAUGGUGCCCGCGCGCGACUGUACACGUCGGUCCUCGCCGGCGCCAAGGCCGGGGAUCAGCUCGACAACGCAUCCAACGCCGAUGAAUACGACAACGCGGUCCCGGAGAUCGUUGUCCCGGAGGAAGAGGUCCAAAUGAACGAGGAGCUGCAGAUCAUACUGCCGCCGCGAUGCGACGACACCGCCGACUCCGUCACCACCACGUCCACCGUCGACGCACCA